AAGGAGUAGAGCAGGGAGUAGAGGUUCUUGUCGGACACUGACACAAGUACACCAAAAGAGAAAGAGAAAGAGAGGAAGAGAGACAGAAGAGACGGUGUGAGUGAUAUUCCUCGGUGCAAAGCGUCGGGGUCGGGCUGUCAGUGUUCAGUAGUGCCGAAUAAAAAGUGUGGGCGGGGUGUGCAGUAUUAUAAAACGCGUGGAACAGAAGACAAAAAAUAAGAAAUCAAUAUUGGAACCGCGAUUAGGUGAAUAAUGCGUUAACGCAGGUGCAUGUCGUCGAUGAAGUGAUUGAAUUAUUUAGCGCUUGUUCCAUAAAACUGAAAACAUCUUGAGAUCGCGAAUUGUCGAGAAAGCCAUGGAGGACGAUCUUCCUACAGAGUACGAUGUGGUCGUCGUGGGCACAGGAAUGACCGAGUCCAUUGUUGCCGCUGCUGCUAGCAGAAUCGGCAAAAAGGUUCUUCACCUUGACAGCAACGAAUAUUACGGUGGUCUUUGGGCUACAUUCAAUUUUGAUGGUCUUCAAAAAUGGAUGGAAGAUCUUAAAGCCUCCAAAACCGAAAAUAGAGAUGUCGAUGCCGAAGUUGAGGAAGGAGAAAAAUUUCUUAAGGCUAGCAACCAGUAUUCUACCGUUGAAAAUAUUGAGGAAACAUGGUUCAUCGCUAAUGAUGCAGACUUGCCUGUGCUAUCGACAAAAGAUACUCAAACGGAUAGCGCAGGAGAAGAAGCUUCUGGCGAAGAUGGUGAAAAGUCUGACGAAGAGCGAGCAGAGAAAAAAGAGCUAACGAAACAUUGGUCGAUAGAUCGCAUAAAAAAAGAGUACAGAAGAUUCAAUAUUGAUCUGGCACCAAAACUACUGUUCGCAAGAGGUGAACUGGUAGAACUUUUGAUAUCAAGCAACAUAGCGCGUUAUGCGGAGUUUCGCGCUGUGUCGAGAGUCGCGACUUUCAUGGAAGGUAAACUCACUCAAGUACCAUGUUCAAGAGCUGAUGUAUUUGCCAAUAAGACUGUGAGCGUUAUUGAGAAGAGAAUGCUGAUGCAGCUUCUUACAUCUUGUAUGGAGCAAGGAGCCGAUAGUCCUGAAUUCGAUGGAUUCCGCGAUAAAACAUUCUUAGAAUAUUUGAAUACCAAAAACUUGACACCAAUCGUGAAACAUUACGUGAUGCAAGCUAUUGCAAUGGCUACUGAUAAGACUUCAUGUCGCGACGGAGUAGAUCGUACGAAACAUUUUCUGAAUAGUCUUGGACGUUAUGGUAAUACUCCGUUCUUGUGGCCUAUGUACGGAAGCGGUGAACUGCCUCAAUGUUUCUGCCGCUUGUGCGCUGUAUUCGGCGGCGUAUACUGUCUCAAACGACAAUUGGACGGUGUCGUUGUCGGUGGUGACAAGUGCAAAGCUAUAAUAACAGGAAAACAAAGAUUGGCGCUUGAACAUCUGGUGGUCGGUCAGGGACACUUGCCGCCUGAAAUCGUUGAAUCUGUUGGUGAACAGCAGAUAUCGCGCGGUAUUUUCAUUACGGACAGAUCUAUUAUGCAAGGAGAGAAGGAAAAUUUGACUCUUCUGUAUUAUCCGCCGGAGGAAUCUGGUCAAGAAGCAGUUACUAUUAUCGAAUUAGGGCCAUCGACCAACGCUUGUCCGCAAGGCCUUUUUAUGGUCCACAUGACGUGCAAACGAACAAAAACUGCUGCCGAGGAUCUCGCGUACGUGUUGGAAAAGUUCUUACGCACCGAUCCCGUAGAGCCAACUGUCGUUCGUUAUCCUACUGAUUCACACACACAAACCUCAUCUCCGGAUAAAAAGAAUCUUCAAGACGCAAAAAAAGACGAAAAAGAUGCCCUCGAAAAUCUUAAACCUCAUGUUCUUUGGUCACUUUACUUGAACUUACCGGCUAGCGAUAUAAAACUCAGCAACUCUGCACCGAACAAUAUUCACCUGUGUUCUGGACCGGAUCUCGAUCUUGACUUCGACUUUGCCGUCAAUCAAGCUAAGGAAAUAUUCAAGAGCAUGUAUCCGGACGAUGAUUUUUUGCCACGAGCACCGGAUCCCGAGGAGAUCGUAUUGGAAGGCGAUGAGACGCCUGGCCCUAAAUUCGAAGGUGACACCGCAGCUGAGUGCACGGAAAAGCAGGACGUCGAGAAAGCCGAAAAAGAUGAAUAAAAUGAACGAGAAUUUUAAAAAACACACACGAACAAACACAAACAAACAAAACUAACGAACGAACGUAUAAAAAAUUCGUAUGCGAUUUGAAGAAAAAAAAAAUGACUAUGAAUUCAUAACGUGAAUGCUUUUGCAUCAUCUCCCCUGACGCUGUAAAAGCGAAUGGCCUGCAUUUUUUAGUGUUCUCUCUAUCGUUAAACACAAUCACUCCGCAUUAGCCAUUAACAUUAUCAGAAAGAUCAAUUUUUUGAAAAUUGGAAACAUUCUCAUUUUAAAUUAGUGAGCUCACCAGAGUUUUGGAAAACUCGCACAUCCGGUUGCGUUUAACUAUUGGGAAAAGAGAGAAAAAAAAGCACGGAUAGGAAGAGCAGAAGUAUUCUCGUAUUUAAAAAAAUGGACAUUUUAGAUUUGCGAUAAAAUUAUCAAAGAACAAACUUUACUGCACGAAAAUCAUGACUAUAUAAGCGAAUUUGUUGAGAAGUUCGUCGAACCCAUGGUUUUCAAUUACAUUAAUUCAAUAUUACGUUUGUGUCCAAUCUUGCAGCUCACAUUCAUGAUAGAUACGAGAAAAAGAAUAAAAAUGUAAAAGUCACAAAACCCUGACCACACAGACCACUCAUUCGACAGUCGCAUAUAACACGAAAAAAGCUUUUGGUCUCGUUCUAUUCGAGACAGCAGCUGACUCUUAAAUGAAAUUGUAAGCUUUUUAUCGCCACGUAGUAGAACAUUGGCCCAUAACCUCGCGUUGUCUCAACUUCGACAAAAAAUUGAACUCCAAAACACGCUUGAGAGAAACGCGGUAUUUUUUUUUUUAUUUCUCGAGUGAUCAACCGCUACUCUGUGAUUUAUCUUUAUUUUCUUCAUUCGUCGUGACAAAUGAAUCACGACCUCUCUUUCACUGGAUUAAUAACAUCUCACAUUCCAAAUAUUUCGAUUCGAUCUCGACCAAGCACAAGGAAAAAAAAAUCAACCAAAAUACAUUGUCGACGUUCGUUAGAAAGCACUGAAUCGAGGCUGUGAAAAAAAUGAGUUCUCUUCUUUCGAAUAUCUUCGAAAUAUGCAUUUUCUCUUAUGUAUCUCAUAAGCAUGCAUCAUCCGCCUAUCUUUACUUACCAUUUUAUUUUUCUAAUCUUUUUCCCCAGUGGUUGAUCACUCGAAUCAUUUUUAUGUUGAUAUUUUGUUCAUCUUGGACGAAAUAAAUGGAUCACUCAUAUACACCGUACUAUUGAAUUCUUAUUACUUAAUAAUUAUUAUAACUGUAAUAGGAAAAAAGAAUGAUGAUAUUAAAGGAAAAAAAAAAAGAAAUAAACAUAGGUCGCUUCUGUGUGUAAGAUGCGUAGAGAAAUGACUUAUUUGGACAAUAUAUGCCGAUUUGCCUAUUGAUUAUCUCUAUCCUAGCUAUCCGAAUACCUAUAAAAUAAAAAUAUAAUAAACGUAUGUACAUUA